AUGUCCGUCUCGCACCUCCUCUCGCCAUCUUCCCACCCCUCCCCGCCGCCGCCCCUCCUCCGCGGAGCGCCACGGCGGUGCCCGACGCCCCUCCGCGCUGCCGUCCGGCUCCCGGCUCCACGCCGCGUGGGGCUCACCGCGGCCCGUGGCUAUGGCCGGGGCCGCUUCUUCGGGAUGCUGGGCUCGAGGAGCGCGCGGGCGGCCACGGCGUUUAGGGUUUCGGCAAUCGCGGGCGACGGUGGGGGUGGGGGUGGGACGGGAAUCGCAGCGGCGGUGGCGGCCACCGUGGUGCUCGCCGUGAUGAACCGGGUGCUCUACAAGCUGGCGCUCGUACCCAUGAGGAAUUACCCCUUCUUCCUCGCCCAAUUCACCACAUUUGGGUAUGUCCUAGUGUAUUUCUCUAUUCUUUUUAUACGAUAUCGUGCUGGGAUUGUCACAAGAGAAAUGUUAGCACUUCCGAAGUCACAGUUCAUGCUAAUUGGCUUACUAGAAGCGCUAGGUGUUGCUUCAGGCAUGGCUGCUGCAGCUAUGUUGCCCGGGCCAUCUAUUCCAGUGUUGUCUCAGUCUUUUCUGGUUUGGCAGCUUAUCUUAUCUGUCCUCAUCUUGGGAAGGAAAUACAGAGCAAACCAAAUUUUUGGCUGCUUUCUUGUCACAGCUGGGGUAAUUCUAGCAGUGGCUAGUGGAGCAAAUGGCGGUCCACUUCUAUCCGGUGUCAAGUUCUUUUGGCCAGCUGUAAUGAUAGCUUCUGCUGCAUGUCAAGCUGCUGCUUCCAUCAUCAAGGAGUUUGUUUUCAUUGAUGGUGCAAGACGCCUGGAGGGAAAGAGGCCUGAUAUAUUUGUAGUCAACUCUUUUGGUUCAGGUUUUCAGGCUCUUUUCGUUUUCCUACUCCUUCCAUUUCUCUCGAACUUGAAAGGGAUUCCUUUUGCUGAGCUCCCUACAUACAUAAACCAUGGUGCUGCAUGCUUUCUGAAUAUUGGAGGGAAUCUGAAUGAUUGCCAUGGAGCUCCUUUGCUUCCACUGCUCUACAUAACUCUGAACAUGGCCUUCAACAUUUCUGUGCUUAAUCUGGUGAAGAUGUCUACUGCACUGGUUGCUUCACUAACAUCAACUUUAGCAGUACCUCUUUCCAUCUAUGUCCUGUCGCUGCCUCUGCCAUAUUUACCGGAAGGAACAGGUUUAAGCACAUCUUUUUUGAUUGGUGCUGCUACCUUAGUGCUUGGGUUGCUGCUAUACAAUCUUCCCCAAAAAUCAGCUGAUCAAGUGAAGAAAGACUAAUCUAAACCGAUGCCAGAUACAAGGAUGACAGGAAGCUUUUGGUGAUCCUUGAUAGAAAAAAACAAUUUCAUUUAUUGAAAGUGAGCAGUACAAUUUUGUGCAGAACUUCUAAAGAGUGCUGCGAUUCUGCUGCAAACAUUUGAGACACCACCUGAGCACAAAAAUAAAUGAAUAAAUAAAUCAAGCAGCCCAAGGUCUCGUUUCA